UCUUUAGCUAACUCAUCAUUCAAAAUUGAAUAUAACAUCAUCAAUCAUUGUCUGUGGCAAUCAAUCAAAAAUUAUAAAAUUAUAAUUGAAUUUUCAGUUUUAAUUUGAAAAAAUAAAAAUGAAUAUUCUACAAAAAUUUACUGAGACAUCAUUGAUACACAGCAAACGUCAAUCAUCAGAUUCAAAUAAUCAUCAUUACCAUCAGGAUGUAUUAUUUGGCAGAUACUUAUUCGAUUCAUUUUUAUUGGGCAAAAUAACUGCAUUCGAUUUGGCUAUAAUCAUCAUAACAAUUAUGGCCAUUAGCUAUAUGAUCAUUAUUGUCAUUUAUAAUUACAUAUACAAAUAUGAUCAUUAUCGUAUAUUAAUGCGUACAAAACGUCAACAUCAUUUGGAUCGUAAAUAUCGUCGUGGUUGUCGUCGACAAAACGAUUUGAUUGAAUUACAUUCAUUGAAAAUGUUUUCUACUGAUUGAUGAUUUAUAUUAUAUAAAAUGGAAAUGUUGAUGAAAGAAAAAAUGAUCAAGGUGUAAUAAAAA